AGUCCUGACAGUGGACGGCCAUCUUGGAUUCAGCGAGCCCCCAAACCUUACCUUGGGUUGGCUUGGAGAUGGGGAGAUAUCAAGCCGGCUGGAGGUUUAGACGUUAGCUAUCACAUUAAAAAAAAAAAAAAAUCCCAGGUCGGAGCUCGUUGUAAAACCAAUUUUUUUUUUUUUUUUUUUUUUUUUUUUUUUUAUUUAGCACAUCCGGAAGACUUUUAUGUUGACGGGAUAACCGGUUUGAGGAUCUCUGCGGGUACCCCGCCUCCCGUCUCCUCUUCUUGUGUGUGAAUGCAGUGAAGCAGGGCCCGUUUCGGUGUGUUUAUUUCACUUUACACAGACGCAAUCUGUUUGCCUUUCUAACGCUGGUUUCGCCGGUGAAUAGUUUGUACCGUUCUUGGCAGGAUGCGGUUCUUUAAGUUAUAUUUUAAUUAGGUUGCGACCGGUAGCAUCGCAGAGUAGAACUUGGUAGGUUUGAAUGGCUGGUUUAACUUUACAAGGAAUCAAUGGUCUUUAUUAAAAACCGUCACAGAACUGUCUGGCGUCUGCUGUUCUGAAAACUGCUGCAAAAUAAAUACAAAAGAUCCGGUCUGACCCUGGAAAUAUUAAUAACACGGCUGAGAAGAAUGUCGGCGAGAACACCACUGCCCACGGUUAAUGAACGCGACACCGAACAUCACACGUCUCGUGUGGAUGGGCGCUCGGAGGUGGCGACGCGGCCGAGCCGCACUGGAGCCCGCUGCAGGAAUUCCAUCGCCUCGUGCGCCGACGAACAGCCUCACAUCGGAAACUACCGCCUCCUCAAAACCAUUGGCAAGGGAAACUUCGCCAAGGUGAAGCUAGCCAGGCAUAUCCUCACUGGCAGAGAGGUUGCGAUAAAAAUAAUUGACAAAACCCAACUGAAUCCUACCAGUCUUCAAAAGCUUUUCAGGGAAGUAAGAAUAAUGAAGAUUUUGAAUCAUCCAAAUAUAGUGAAAUUAUUUGAAGUUAUUGAAACAGACAAGACUCUUUACUUAAUAAUGGAAUAUGCCAGUGGAGGAGAGGUCUUUGACUACUUAGUCGCACACGGACGAAUGAAGGAAAAGGAGGCCAGAUCUAAAUUUAGACAGAUAGUGUCUGCAGUGCAGUACUGUCAUCAAAAACACAUUGUGCACAGAGAUCUGAAGGCUGAAAAUCUGCUGCUUGACGCAGACAUGAAUAUUAAAAUAGCAGACUUUGGCUUCAGCAACAAGUUUACAUUGGGCAAUAAACUGGACACAUUCUGUGGAAGCCCCCCCUACGCUGCUCCAGAGCUCUUCCAGGGAAAGAAAUACGAAGGACCUGAAGUUGAUAUUUGGAGUUUAGGGGUGAUCCUUUACACACUAGUCAGUGGAUCCUUACCAUUUGAUGGACAGAACUUGAAAGAGUUAAGGGAAAGAGUACUAAGAGGAAAGUAUCGAAUUCCUUUCUACAUGUCAACAGACUGUGAAAACCUUCUCAAACGCUUCCUAGUGCUAAACCCAGUCAAAAGGGGCACACUUGAGCAAACUAUGAAGGACCGGUGGAUCAAUGCAGGCUAUGAGGAAGAAGAACUAGAGCCUUUUGCAGAACCAGAAUUGGAUAUUGCAGAUCAGAAGCGAAUAGACAUAAUGGUAGGGAUGGGCUAUUCACUUGAAGAAAUUCACGAAUCCCUCGGCAAAAUGAAAUAUGAUGAAAUAACGGCCACCUAUUUGCUGCUGGGCAGGAAAUCCUCUGAGUUGGAUGCAAGUGAUUCCAGCUCAAGUAGCAACCUGUCUUUAGCAAAGGUCAGACCCAGCAGUGACCUCAACAACGGCAUUGGAACAUCCCCGGCACAUCACAAGGUCCAGAGAAUAUCAUCCAGUCAGAAACAGAGGAGGUACAGUGAUCAAGUUGGACCCUUGAUUCCCCCGGCCGUGAGCUACCCAAAGAGAAGCCAGACAAGCACUACAGACAAUGACCUGAAGGAGGAAGCAGGUCAGUCCCGGAAGUCCAGUAGCAGCGCUGGGGGAGGAAGGGGAGUGGCUCCUGCCAGCCCCAUGCUUGGGAAUGCUGGCAACCCCAACAAGGCUGAUAUUCCUGACCGGAAAAAGGGCUCAGCUGUCCCUAGCAAUAAUUCGGUUUCUGGUGGAAUGACCCGAAGAAACACUUACGUGUGCAGUGAAAGAAACAACACAGACAGGCAGUCUGUAAUACAGAACGGCAAGGAGAACAGCACUACACCUGGCCAGAGAAACCCUGUGGCUUCCACCCACAGUAUCAGCAGCGCAGCCACCCCCGACCGCAUGCGCUUCCCCAGGGGCACUGCCAGCCGCAGCACUUUCCACGGUGGCCAACUCCGAGAACGCAGGACCGCCACCUACAACGGGCCACCCGCUUCUCCCACCCUGUCGCACGAUGCCACGCCCCUGUCCCAGACUCGCACCCGGGGCUCCACCAACCUUUUCAGCAAACUGACAUCCAAACUCACAAGGAGAAACAUGUCAUUCAGAUUUACAAAAAGGGUCAGUAUUGACCCAACCAAACGACAGACAUCGAACAAAUCAGGGCUUGCCAAUACCCCUGCCCAAGGAUCAAAGACUGUUAAUUCAGGAGCAGAAGAUAUAAAAAGUUGUAGAAAAUCGGAGAUGGAGAACUAGAGUAAGGGAUUUCUUAAAACCGAUUCCAAAAAAACGCUCUAGAGUUUGUGGUCCCCCAGGAAUCUGCAGAAAGAGUGGCUCUUUACAUCUCACAGAAAAAUCAACGCAUAAAUGCAAAGACUCUCGCUGUAUAUGUGUUUCUGCACCAGUAUUGCAUGUGCCUUUUACACAGAGGUAGAUACCCACUGCCCUGCCCCCUCUCCCUGCUUUUGCAGUGAAGCUAUCAACAAACCUGUGCACAGAAAUAAACCAAGCUGGACUAAUGAGAUGAGGUUGGAUUACAGAGUAAAACUGAACUCAAGCUUGAUGAGUUCCUUGUAUAUUAAAUUAUGCACAUUUAUGUAUAUUUUCUAAGCUUUGUAAAACCAAAAUAAAAAGAUGGUAUCGCCACAAAAACAGCAUUUUUACCUACGCUAGCCAAGGUGAGGAUGAAGUGGCCAAAGCAGUCAUUUCAUGGGCACUUUAUAUUUUACUCCCUGCUUUAAUAAUCCAGUAAGAAGGGAAGCCAGCUGCAUUUCAACAUGGGGACCAUUUCAUUCUACCUGCGCAUCCUGUGUUGUCUUGUACAUUUUAGUCUUUGAAAGAUCAGAUUCAUGAAUCUAAACAAAUGCUGGUAUAGUGCAGUUUUUAUUUUAGUACCAGUAAUUCCAAAUUUUUAACCGGAUGGAAUGCCUUGAAGUGCAACUCAAAACACACUACAUCAACACAGAAGUUUCUGAAGGAAUUGAGAAGCAUUAUAAAUGCAGUGCAUAGAAAGAAGGCCAUUCAGAUUCAUUGGCGUUGAUGAUUUAUCCCAUGCCCUAGUAAAUGUAAAGUGCUUGUGUUAAAUGGACCACUACAGCUGCCUGCCUGUGCAGCAGUUUAAUUGUAAUAAUUUUUUUUAGACAUUAAUGCAACUAAGUUAUAGAUUGUAAAUGUAACUUUUCUCUAUUGGUUCCUAUGUUGGACUCGAGGAAAACAUGUAAUAAAUGAUCCCUGCCUUAGGCUUUUAUCUCUCCUGUAUGUGAUUUGACAGCAGUGUUUCUAUCAGCUGGGACCACCCCCAGGUCAGUGCAGGUCUGUUCUGUCGAACUUAAGGGAGAGAGAGUGACACUUUCCACCAAGUCUGAUCUUCUUCAACUAUAUCUCAAUUAGAAAACCAGUGGGUUUCACUGUACUGGCUCUGUGCAUUUUCACCACCUACACUCCCAGUUCAACUUUAGAAAAGACUGCAUGAAGCCUAAAGUUUAAGAUGUAUGCAUGCAUCUGUGUUUUUUGUGUGUGCGUGUCAGAUUGUCAGUGUGUGUGUGUGUGUUUUUACGGCAUACACAAACAAGCACAUUCACAUGCAACAGCCACAGGUUUAAACCCCUGAAUUCACUGAAGUUUGUACACUAGUUUUCUUUUUGUUUUAAUAAAGCAAGAAAGUAGAUUGCCAGUUUGUCCGCAAUUAAGUAUGUUGGGGGGGGGGGGGUAUUUAUGAUUUUAAAACAGGGAUUUCAAUGCAAUUAAUGCUGUUUUAUCUUGUCCCAUAUGGGCAUAGUUUCUUCAAUUGCAUUAAUUUGCUAGUGAUAUUUUUAAAAGGGAUUUAUUUUUUUCAAAAGCAUCCUUAGGAAUGACAGGGAAAUGGUUACAUUGUCUUCCAUGUUCACUAUUGUUUAACAGAUCAAAUGAAUUGGGAGUCUUGCUCAUACUAUGAAAGCAAGAAGUGUGAGGAAACAAUUUUUUAUUAUUAAUUUCUGGCUGACGGCUUUCUUGGUUUUGCAAAUUGUCAUGCAGUGAUCUUUUUAUAAUAUACAUAUUUCUUUCACUCUUUAAAUAAAGAAUGAUCAGUUA